AUGGCUUCCGGUACCAGAAUCCAGCAGCACGGCCUGAUCGUGGCCUAUGACUUUGGAACCUCCUACAGUGGCGUUGCCGCCAAGGCCCUGUCGCCAGACCCCCUGGUGCUGACAGAUUUUCCGUACCAGGCUGCAUACAGCCCCUACCCCAAGAUGCCCACCCUGUCGCUCUACCAGCUGCCCCCGGGUGGCUCCGACCCCGAGGGCACGGGCAUCAUCCCCAGCCCACAGUCGCAGCAGCUUGAGCUGCUGCACGAGCCCGAGGCAGCCGCCAUUGCCAUGGUGCGGGAGCUCAAGCCCUACCUAUCCCUCAAGCACGGUGACACUGUGCUUGUCAUCGACCUGGGCGGCGGCACCGCCGACAUCACCCUCCACGAGCUCGUGCCCAACCUCGACGCGGACGGCGGCGGCGCGCCCUACCACCUCAAGGAGGUGGCGUGCCGCCGCGCUGAGCUGGCAGGCUCCACCUUUGUUGACGACAGGUUUGAGGCCUGGCUGGAGGGCCGCCUGGGGCUGGAGCCCGACGGCUUUGGCGCCUGGAAGGCCUCGAGCCCGCGCGACCGGCUUAAGCUGAUGAGGGCCUGGGAGGAGCAGAAGAGGAUCUUCGGGGAGGGCUGGGAGCUCAGGGACUGCAAGGUGCAGCUGCCCGACACCCUCUGGAAGCUCCUGCCCGCCCACACGCGCCGCGACCUGUCGUCGGCUAGCGCCUCCAGGGCUGCCGCCGCGUGCACCGACGACCCUCCAGGAUGGUGCGACGCGGAUUACGCGGUGGUCGGUGACGAUGACGAGGAGGAGAGUGGGGAUGAUGACGAGCCCUACGUGUACAUUAAGGCUGACACCAUGGUCGAGGAGAUGUUCGAGCCAGUGGUGGACACAAUUGCCUGGGCGCUGCGGCCCGUGCUCGCUUGGGAUGGUGGCCGAGCCGACUGGGUGCUUGCCUCUGGCGGCUUCAGUGCCUCACCCUACGUCAUGCAGCGCCUCAGGGAGGAGGUGGCCUGUGUGCUGGCCGACAAAGACAUUGUCACCGUCCCCAACCCCGGGGCUGCCGUGCUCAAGGGCGCUGCCCUGUUUGGCGACAACCUGCAGCUGGUGGCGGCGCGCAUCUCAACGCUGGCCUAUGGGGUGGAAAUGUCUUGCAAGUACCGCAGGGGAAUGCCCGGAAAACCCUUCAUCAGCAACAUCACUGGCGCGCGAUUGGUGGACCACUGCUUCCAGCAGUUCGUCAAGCGCGACCACCUGGUAGUUGUGGACGAGACUGUGGAGCACACCUUUUCAACCACCAGGCAGUACCAGGACUCUGUCACAUUCAACCUGUUCUGCACCACCGACAACAGCCAGCGGUACACCAGCCAACCCGGCAUGAGGCGGCUGGCAAGCCUCGUGCUGGAUCUGCCACCCCCCCACGGGCCCCACGAGCGCCACCUGCAGGCUUCCUUCAGGUUUGGCACCGCGGAGAUCCAGGUCACCGCCGUCGACACUGAGAGCGGCAAGAGCGUCACGACAUCACUGGAAUUUGUCGCCGGUGUCUGA